CGCGAGCGAGCGGAGCCUCAGUACCAGACCGAGAGCAGCACGGAUCGGUGCCAGAGAAAGACGGAGGAACGAUUCUGUCGCUAUAUGCCGCCGCUACCGCACGGAACAUUAUAACGCAGCGGGAAACGGCCAACUCAAUCUGUUUAUUCAUAAAGGACGGAAUUUAAACGAUGUACCGCUCGGGAGGUGUGAUGCUGGGGCUUCUCGCCGCUCUGCAGGUGGCGGUCCAGGGCAUGGGGGCGAUGCCGUGUCAGCCGGGUUUCACUGAGAACAAGUACAACGUCAUGACCGCCGACGUCAUCACCAAGGGACAAGUUCUGCUCAAAGUGGAUUUCGUAGACUGUGGCAGAGGUUCUGGCUUGCGUUUCGAGAGCGGAGACCCUGCAGAUUUCCGGAUAGAGGCAGAUGGGACGGUUUUUGCAACACGAACCCUGCAGCUAUCUGACAGGAAGGGGCGUAGCCUGGAGAUUAAGGCCAAGGACGUGAAGUCUCAAGAGGAAUGGCUGGUGCACGUCAACUUCACCCAACCCAAGCAGGUGCCAGAGAUACUGUUUCCGUGGCACAGUGUUGUUGUCAAGGGCGACAGCAGUGUGAAUCGCGUGAAAAGAGACUGGGUCAUUCCUCCUGUCAAUGUGCUUGAGAACUCCAGAAAACAAUUCCCUGAAGAGCUUGUGAAAAUCCAGUCGGAUAAGGACAAGAGUAACACACUGCGCUAUAGUGUGACUGGACCAGGAGCCGACCAGAACCCCACCGGCUUGUUUAUCAUCGACCCCAUUACAGGAUACCUGUCCGUCACCAAACCGCUGGACAGAGAACACAUCCCAAAUUUCCAUCUACGUGCUCAUGCUGUAGACAUCAAUGGGAACCAGAUGGAGAACCCCAUUGACAUUAUCAUCAAUGUCAUCGAUAUGAACGACAACCGGCCCGAGUUCACUCACCAGAUCUGGAACGGAACCGUGGAUGAGGGCGCCAAACCAGGCACAUUUGUAAUGACAGUGACCUCCCAGGAUAAGGAUGACCCAAAUACAGCCAAUGGGAUGCUCAGGUACAAGAUCCUCUCCCAGACCCCAGAGAGCCCCUCCUCCAACAUGUUCACUAUCAACAACAAGACUGGCAAAAUCAUCACUGUAGCUGCAGGUCUAGAUCGUGAGAAGGUGCCUCAGUAUACCCUGAUCAUUCAGGCUACCGACAUGGAGGGAAACCCCACCUAUGGUCUGUCCAACACCGCCACUGCUGUCAUACGCCUGCUGGAUGUCAAUGACAACGCUCCAGAGUUCACCCGAGAGACUUUCCACGGUGAGGUCCCAGAGAACCGUGUGAAUGUGAUAGUGACGAAUCUCACCGUGACUGACAAAGAUGAACCGGGGACUCCUGCCUGGAAUGCAGUCUACCGGAUCAUAUCAGGGGAUCCAACCGGACGCUUCUCCAUCCCUACUGAUCCCGUUACCAACGAAGGCCUAGUCACCGUCGUCAAGCCAAUUGAUUUUGAGAUGAAUCGAUCAUUCAUGCUGACGGUUGUCGCUGAAAAUGAGGUGCCACUGGCGAGUGGGAUCCAUCGCACCCGCCAGUCUACAUCCACCGUUUCCAUACGUGUCAUCGACGUGAACGAAAGCCCAAAUUUUGAGCCCAACCCCAAACAGGUCAAACUGGAGGAGGGACUUCCACAGUGGUCGAUGCUGACGGCUUUUACAGCUCAUGACCCAGACAGAUACAUGCAGCAGACUAUUAGGUACUCUAAAUUGUUUGACCCUGCCAACUGGCUAGAGAUCGACCCCAACAAUGGACGAAUUUCCACCAUUGCUGUCUUGGACCGAGAGUCUCCAUAUGUCAAAAACAACCUCUACAAUGCCACAUUCAUGGCUGCUGAUAACGGUGUUCCCCCUGCGAGUGGGACGGGUACUCUACAGAUCUACCUGCUGGACAUAAAUGAUAACGCACCUCGAGUCUUCCCUCAAGAAACAGAAGUGUGCGAACGCCCUGAACCCAAUGCGAUCAAUAUCACAGCCGUAGACGGAGAUCUCAACCCCAACGCUGGGCCCUAUGCUUUCGAGCUGCCCAACCGACCCUCAGACAUCCGCAGGAAUUGGACACUGACUCGAAUCAGUGGCGAUCAUGCUCAGUUAAGUCUGAAGAUUAGUUAUCUGGAAAGCGGGAUAUACGAGCUGCCCAUCAGCAUCACAGACUCGGGUAACCUGCCCAUGUCCAACACCACCUACCUGCGCAUCAAAGUGUGCCAGUGCGAUCAUCACGGUGACUGCGUGGACAUGGAACGUAUCAUGGCAGCUGGGCUGGGCACCGGAGCCAUCAUUGCCAUACUUAUCUGCAUCAUCAUUCUGCUGGUGCUGGUGUUGAUGUUUGUGAUGUGGAUGAAGAGACGGGAUAAAGAGAGACAGGCCAAGCAGCUGCUGAUCGAUCCAGAGGACGAUGUGCGAGACAACAUACUCAAAUACGACGAGGAGGGCGGCGGAGAGGAAGACCAGGACUAUGAUCUGAGCCAGCUGCAGCAGCCCGAUACUCUGGAGCCAGACAUGAUCAAGCCCGUCGGGAUCCGCCGGCUGGAUGAGCGACCGAUGCACUCCGAGCCCAACUACCCCAUCCGCUCGGCCGCACCCCAUCCCGGAGACAUAGGAGAGUUCAUCCACGAGGGUCUCAAGGCGGCCGACACCGAUCCCACGGCCCCUCCGUAUGACUCC